AUGACACCUGUGCCACCUUUCCAGCUCCUGUUGGUGCUCAGCCUGGCACCACAGCUGGUGCCUGCAAGUCCCAAGCAAUACUUUCUGAAGUAUGUCUUGGAACCACCGCCCUGCAGAUCAGAGCCUGACGUCUGUGACACCUUCUGUACGGAGCAGGAGGACUGCUCACCAAAUCUUCAGUGCUGUUCUGCCUACUGUGGAAUAGUGUGUACCUCAAACCAAGCCCCAGUGGUUGGGGUCUCCUGA